AUGGACCAGUGGCAGAGAACUAAUUGGCCUCCAAUUAAACCUCCUCCAUAUAAGAAGAAAUCUGGAAGACCCAAGAAAUCAAGGAACAAAGAACCAACUGAGGUUGAAGUACCUGCUCCAGUUCCUCCAAACCCUUUGCCUUCAUAUUACAAUCCACCACCUAUUAAGUUGAGAAGUAUUUAUGUCAAGACAAGAUGCUCUAUUUGUGGCCAUGAGGGACAUAAUAAGACUUGGCAUGCCUUUCCUAAUCAGCUCAACCAAGGAACAUUUGGCUCUUCUACAGUCCAUGGGGCACCUAAUCAGCCCAACCCAACUAGAGGCAUAUGGAGAGGUAGAGGUAUUACUACAGGAAUAGGGAGAGGAAAUGGGAGAGGACAAAUGCCAAAUGGAAAAGGAAAUGUUGGAAAUUGGAUAACAGAAAUGCCAAACAAGCCAUCAUCAUCACAACCACUCCCAUCAUCAUUACAACCACUCUCUUACACUGGAGCUACAUCAUCAUCAUCACAACCACCCAAGUCUCCUACCAAGAGAUUCAAGUCUCCUGCCAAUAAGCUUAGACCAUGGAUGUUUUGA